AUGUUGUAUUUGAUGUUUGUCCUCUUCGAAUUAUUAUUUGCAAACGCUAUGUACAGUUCGAAAGCUUUGGAAGGGUAUGCAGCGGGAUAUUUAGCGGAUUGUCCUGGUUCAAACAUACCCACAGCGAUAGACACAAAGUACCUGAAAUACCUUACAAUUUCUGUGCAGCAAGGACGCAGUUUCUUCUCCUCAAGAUCUACAUACAGUUACUACCAAAUUGAUGAACUGCCCAAAAACCCUCACGUUAACUUCAGCAAACCCAGCGUGAUGUAUAUUGGAGGCUACAUGGACCACCCCAGUUACCUUCCUGGAAAGGUCCUGGGGGUACUGUAUAAAAAGUUGGGGUACAACGUCUUUUUACUCAACACAAAUUCUUUCACCGUGUUUGACUAUCCUUUUGUAUCUCCGGAUAAAACUUUCCUUAUUUCCAGGGCUGCUCGCAAUGUGCGUUCUAUCGGAAAACCUGUUGCUGAAAUGCUGGUUUCCCUAACACAGUAUGGCUUGGAUCCUAAAACGUUAUCGAUUGUAGGUCUAAGCCUAGGAGGACAUACUGCUAGCUUCGUAGCGAAGAACUUCAAACUCCUGACAGGGAUCAACAUCUCCAGAAUUACAGCUCUCGAUCCUUCAGGUCCUUGCUUCAGAAACCUGGGCCCAGAAGACAGGCUGGACCAAUCAGAUGCAGACUUCGUGGAUGUUAUAGAAACGAACAUUGACGAGUACGGCAUGGCGGCUCCAGUCGGCCAUGUUAAUUUUUACGUCAACGGCGGAGAAUUCCAGCCGGGUGAUGUUUUUUGGGUUCCUUGCACUGGACUAUGCAGCCACAUAAGAUCUUUUACUCUAUGGGUAGCGGCUCUGAACAAUCCAGAUAGUUUUAUUGCUUUGAAAUGUGAUUCAGUACAAGAUGCCAGAGAUAAAAAAUGUUAUGAUCGUACUCCAAUUGUUACUAACAUCGUUGGACUAAACACAGAUAGGACAAGAGAAGGCGUUUUCUAUUUGUCCACAGAUAAUAAUUAUCCGUAUUUUUUGAAAGAGAAAGGAUUGAAGAAGAAAUAUGAGUUUUUUAAUUCUCAUCUUAGCUUAAAUAGGAGAAGUGGUACUAAGAUUUUCGGGGAGCAACUUAGUGAAAGGAUGCUUAGUAAACUAUAUAAAAUAAAGCUUAAUUAA